UUUUGUAUUCCUUUUCAUAUCUUGACAAAAAUUUUCCACUUUACCUAUAUUACCCAAUAUUUAUUUUUGUAAGUACUAACAUAAUAUAUCAAAAUUGCGUGUUUAUUGUUAAGUUUUUUAAAAUAAAACUAAAAUUUAUAUAUUAUUUAGAGUACUCAUAUAGAAAUAAAUUAAAAAAUUUCUCUAUACAUAAUUCUUAUUUAACUAAUUGUUUAAAACAUUAUAUCUUACAGUUAUUGGUAUAUAAAUCUAUUGAAUUGAAAUUUAAACUCAUAUUUAAAAAGUGAUAAUAAAUAAAUUUUGAUCAUUAUAAAAUAUAUUUUAUAUAUAUAUAAAAAGAUAUAUAAAUAUUAUAUACAUAUAUAAAAAAGAAAAUGAAAUUUAAUGAUUUCAUAUGUAAAAUGAUAUAUAAAAAAUUUCAUAUUUAUAUAGGAGUAUAUGUAUAUUCGUACAUACAUAUGCUUAUAUAUUAUAAUAUAUAAUAAUAGAUAAUUAAAUUAAAUUAAAUUAAAAUAAUAUAAUUCACGCACACUCGUAUUUUUUUACUCACACUAUUAAAAGUUAUAAUUUUAUUAUUUAUAAUUUUUAUGCAUGGCGAUUUAUAAAUUUAUGUAAUAUAACUUUUAUUUCUUCUUAAUAUAUAUUAUAUCUUCUUAAUAUUUAUUAAAUUAUAUAUGUAAAUAAAUAUUAUUUAAUAUUAAAUAAAAUAAACAAUUAUUAACAUUAUAAGUGUGCAUACAUGCUUGAAUGCAUGCAUUUUGUGUUUGUUUUUUUUUUCUAUUAGCGCUACUAAAAAUAUAAAAAAUAGAAUAAACGUUCAUUACAUUAACAAGUUUUUACAACAUAUAGCAAAAUUAUAUUUUUAAAUGAAUUUAUUAAUAUUUCUUUAUUGUUUAUUAAAUACAAAUAUAUUAAAUUUUAUCUUUAAAAAAAAUAAUUUAUUGUAAAAAAAAUAUUCAAUUUAUUAUGAAGUUAUUUUUUUUACAUUUAUUGCAGUUAAUACAUUAUAAAUUUAUAAUAUGUUUUUAUUAUAUAUUCAAAGAAAUUACAUAUAUAUAUAUAUAUAUAUAUAUAUUUUAUAUAAUAAUUGUAGUAUACUCAUUAUUAUUAUUAAAAUGUGCAUUUUAUAGACAUGAUAUUGCAACUUUUCUUAGUUAUUGCAUUAUAUAAAUAAAAAUAUAUAAGUGCUGAUAUCCAAGUACAAUACUAAUAAGUAAUCACAACAGUGGAAAACCGUCAGUCGUAAUAUAUCUAUUCGUAUAUACUCUAUGCUAUAGAUAUUAAAUUAUCGUUAAAAAUAAUUAAAUAAUAUUUUUUUUUUUAAAAAUGCCUGUAAAAGUAUCGUGGCCAGUCGCAAUAGCUAUUAUUCAUCCGAAUAUUGGAGGAUGGGCCGGAAGUUACUUUUCUAGAAAAAAUAUCAAACCUUGGUAUGAGUCUUUGAAAAAACCAACUUGGACUCCACCAAACUGGUUAUUUGCUCCAGUCUGGACAACUCUAUAUUGUACAAUAGGAUAUUCUUCAUAUUUAGUAUGGAGAGAUGGUGAUGGUUUUAGAAAAGCAAUAUUACCUCUUUCUAUUUAUGGGACUAAUUUAAUAUUAAACUGGUCUUGGUCACCAUUAUUUUUUGGGUUACACAAGAUAAAAUGGGCUCUGUAUGAAAUUGUUUUAUUGUGGGGAAGUACUGCAGCAAUGGGUGUGGCAUUUUAUAAUGUAAAUCCAUAUGCUGGUUGUUUGAUUAUUCCAUAUUUAGCUUGGACUACUCUUGCUACAGCAUUAAAUUAUGCAAUUUACAAGAAUAACAAACCAAGCAUUGAAGUAACUGCAAAUGAAAAGAAAGAAUAAUAUACUUGAUAUCUCUGUACCAAAUAAUAUCAAUGUAGAUCAUCUAAUAAAAAUAAUGUUUUACUUUU